AUGAAUAAAAUUUUACUUUAUCAUUAUAGAUUGGAACAAAUCUCUCUUAUAAAUCUACCAACGGAAAUUAUUCACCAUAUUUUGGAUUAUUGUGAUACUAAAACGAUUCUCUUAAAUAUUCGUUGUGUUUGCAAAACAUUGAAUGACAUUGUUAACAAUUACGAUAGAAUUCCAUUGAUAAUUGAUAUAAAUUCAAUGAAUAAUCUGGAAGACAUUUCUCAUACGAUUCAACUAGAACAAGUGACUUCACUUACGAUUACCAAUAAUAUUCGACCAGAGGAAAAAUUACCUUUUUCGUUACUUGAUAGUUUAAAAUUUACUCGACUUCGUUCGUUAACUAUCGAAAGAGCACGAGAUGAACAAUUGAAGUAUCUUUUAAGAAGUUUAAAUACUAACUCUUUGAUUUCACUCUCAAUCGAAUUGAACACUCAUAAAUUUAAUCAAAUAUGGCCUACUAUUUCCGAUGCACUUAUUCGAUGGAAUCUUCGAGCAUUCUCUGUUAAUAAUACAUAUCUCAUGAAGGAUCGUAUACUAUGGAGUUCUUCGAUGCAUGGUUCUGACCGUAAAAAAUAUCUGGUUUUACAAAAGUUACAAAAUUUACAGACAUUAGUUAUGCAAAAGUGCAUUAUAGAUGAAAAGAUCAUACCUAAAAGGUCAUGUAAAUUCGAAUCAAAUCUUAUGUUUAAAUGUAUAAUUUUGAUAAACUGUAUAUUUACUUGUCAGCAUUUUGAAAGAUUAUUUUUCCCAAUAUCUUCACUUCGUCAUCUGAAAUUGAUUUGUGAAAGUGAUGAACUCAAUUUUAUCUUUCAUGGAUCUUAUUGGGAACGAAUCAUCAGUACUAACUUACCUCAUAUCGAUCGAUUUGAAUUCUUCUUUUCUUAUCACCAAAAUCUUUUUAAGAGAGACAAGAACAUAGAUUUCGAUCAACUUCAAUCAUUGAUCGAUGAAUUUCGAACACCAUUUUGGCUUGAUGAAAAGCAUUGGUUUGCCACAUAUAUUUACAAUUUUCAAGCGAAUAUGAUCUGCUUAUACACAACACCUAUUAUCACAAAAAAUGAUCAAACUUCACUCAGAUGUGAAGUAUCAUGGACAGACGAGACGUUUCAUCUAACUAAAGGAUCAUUAAAUAGAUUGACUGACUAUGAUACAAAUGAGACACUCACCACAUUAAAUCUGUCGAAUAGUUCCAUUGUAGCCAUGGGAGCACAACACAUUGCUGCUGCUUUGAAAACUGACAAAACAAUUACCUCAUUAAAUCUUAACUUCAAUGAUCUUGGAAAAUGUGGUCUAGAAUAUAUUGCUAAUGCAAUGCGGAUCAAUGAAACAAUAAUUACAUUGAAUCUUCGGCAUAAUUUUAUUCAGGAUGAAGGUAUACAACAUCUGAUUAGAGCUUUAAAAACGAACAAAAAAAUAAAACAUCUUGAUCUUGAAUGGAACAAAAUUAGUCAUGUAGGAUCACAAUAUCUUGCUGAUAUGUUAACAAAUAACACGACGCUCAUUACAUUAAAUCUUCGAUACAAUCCUAUUAAAGAUCUUGGAGCACAAUAUCUCGCCUAUGCUUUACGGAAUAAUCAGAUGAUUUUCAUCUUUUAUACUCAUUUUUUAUUUUUCAUUUUUGUUCAUAGACACUCAUCACACUGA